GAGGAGAGAUCAGUCAGGUUAGCUUUCGAUAUUGUAGAGUGAAACAGGCCCUUAUUGGUGCUUCCUGUUUCUCACACUCUAGAUUUUAACCUCUAGGGCAGCGAGCACAUCUUCUCCGCCAAUAAAAGCAAGGUUCAUCAGCCACCCUCAACCAAGAAAUAUUUACCAAGUAUUAUUAUCCCUGCAAACACGCUGGUUUAUGCUUAAGAAAGUCCCAGGUUGGGGAAAAAAAAAAAUCAAGAUUGGCCUCUGCCUGAAGGGGACUGUGAUGAAGUACGGGUUAUAAUUUAGCAAGCCUGCUUGUUACCCGGGUUUUUAAAGAUCGCCUGAAGCUGUGGUCUGAGAGUUAGGAGCCAGGCAGAGUUAACAGGGAAGCCAUGGAAACACCUGAGAAAAAGGAAAUCAGUGUUGAAGAUGAAGCAGUGGAUAAAACCAUUUUCAAAGACUGUGGCAAGAUUGCGUUCUACAGGCGGCAGAAACAGCAGCUCUCCAAGAAUACCACCUACCGGGCUUCACUAGGCUCCGUCAGCACAGAACAGGACAACACCAGGUUCCAAAUCAGCAGUGAAGCAACUAAGAUUCCUCUCGUGGCUGAAGUUUAUGGUAUAGAGAAGGACAUUUUCAGACUUAAGAUCAAUGAAGAAACUCCACUGAAACCAAGGUAUGAAGUUCCUGAUGUCGUCAACAGCAAGCUUGGAACUGUCAGGCUGGUCUGCUCAGGGGACACAGAUAGCCUGACAUUGACAGAUAGAAAAGGAGAUCUGAGAUGUCAUAUCUCAGCAAACCCAUUCAAGAUCGAUUUGUUGUCUAAGGACGAGGCUCUGAUCAGCAUCAACUCCCUGGGCAAGCUAUACUUUGAGCACCUACGGGUUCCUCACAAGCAGAGAGCUACCAAAGGAAAUGGACAAAAUACACCAGCUGACACCUUUCAGGAAAAUCAAGAGGACCUGAGCCUGUGGGAAGAGAAAUUUGGAAAAUUUGUUGAUGUCAAAGUUAAUGGCCCUUCCUCUGUUGGUUUGGAUUUCUCCCUUCAUGGAUUUGAACAUCUCUAUGGUAUCCCUCAACAUGCAGAGUCACACCAACUUAAAAAUACUAGAGAUGGAGACGCAUACCGUCUUUAUAACCUAGACGUCUAUGGAUACCAAGUUCAUGACAAAAUGGGCAUAUAUGGUUCAGUGCCUUAUCUCCUGGCCCACAAACAGGGCAGGACUGUAGGCAUUUUCUGGCUGAACGCCUCAGAAACACUAGUGGAGAUCAACACAGAGCCUGCAGCUGAGUACACACUGACCCAGAUGGGCCCAGCAGCUGCCAAACAAAAAGUCAGGUGCCGAACUGAUGUGCACUGGAUGUCAGAGAGUGGGAUCAUUGACGUUUUUCUGCUGACAGGACCUACACCUGCUGACAUCUUCAAGCAGUACUCAUAUAUCACAGGCACACAAGCCAUGCCCCCUCUUUUUUCUCUGGGGUACCACCAGUGUCGCUGGAACUAUGAAGAUGAACAGGAUGUGAAGGCAGUCGAUGCAGGGUUUGAUGAGCAUGACAUUCCAUAUGAUGUCAUGUGGCUGGACAUAGAGCACACGGAGGACAAGAAGUACUUCACCUGGGACAAAAAGAGAUUCGCAAACCCCAAAGGGAUGCAAGAGCUGCUCAGGGGCAAAGGACGCAAGCUUGUGGUUAUCAGUGACCCCCACAUCAAGGUGGAUCCCGACUACACAGUCUAUGCUGAAGCCAAAGAACGGGGCUUCUUUGUGAAGAAUCCAGAGGGUGGUGACUUGGAAGGAGUCUGUUGGCCUGGUCUCUCGUCUUACCUGGACUUCACCAACCCCAAGGUCAGAGAGUGGUAUUCCAGCCUUUUUGCUUUUCCUGUCUAUCAGGGAUCUACGGACAUCCUUUUCCUAUGGAAUGACAUGAAUGAGCCCUCAGUCUUCAGAGGGCCAGAGCUAACCAUGCAGAAGAAUGCUGUUCAUCAUGGCAACUGGGAACACAGAGAACUUCACAACAUCUACGGCUUUUAUCACCAAAUGGCUACGGCAGAAGGAUUGAUACAGCGAUCUCAGGGGAAGGAGAGGCCCUUUGUUCUUUCGCGUUCCUUCUUUGCUGGAUCACAAAAGUAUGGUGCAGUGUGGACGGGAGACAACACAGCAGAAUGGAGCUAUCUGAAAAUCUCCAUCCCUAUGUUACUCACCCUCAGUGUCUCAGGGAUCGCCUUCUGUGGAGCUGAUGUGGGCGGCUUCAUUGGCAAUCCUGAAGCAGAGCUGCUAGUGCGCUGGUACCAGGCUGCAGCUUACCAGCCCUUCUUCCGAGGCCAUGCUACCAUGAACACCAAGCGGCGAGAACCCUGGCUGUUUGGGGCAGAAUACACUCAGCUGAUCCGGGAAGCCAUCAGAGAGCGCUACAGCCUCCUGCCCUAUCUGUAUUCUCUGUUCUACCAUGCACACGUGUCUUCUCAGCCUGUCAUGAGGCCCCUGUGGGUCGAAUUUCCUGAUGACUUAGAGACUUUUGCUGUGGAAGAUGAAUACAUGCUAGGUAAUGCUUUAUUGGUUCAUCCAGUUACAGCACCACAGACCACCGUGAUUGAUGUCUUCCUGCCAGGGUCAAAUGAGGUCUGGUACAACUCUAAGACAUUUGCAUAUUGGAAAGGAGGAUGUACUGUGAAGGUUCCAGUAACCUUGGAUACUAUCCCAGUGUUUCAACGAGGUGGAAGUGUGGUACCAGUAAAGACUACUGUGGGGAAGUCCACCGGCUGGAUGGCUGACUCCCCAUAUGGGCUCCGAGUUGCCCUAAGCACUCAGGGUUCUGCUGUGGGAGAGCUGUAUCUCGAUGACGGCCAUUCAUUCCAGUACCUUCACCAGAACCAGUUCUUACACCGCAAGUUCUUAUUCUGCUCCAGUGUUCUGACCAACAGGUGUGCUGAUGAGAAGGGUCAUUACCCCAGCAAGUGCAUCGUGGAGCAGAUCUUGGUCUUAGGCCUUAAGAAGAAGCCAUCUUCUGUGACUACCCACUCCUCUGAUGGUAAAGUUCAGCCUGCGGCUUUUGCGUACUGUGCCAAGACAUGUGCCCUGAGUCUGAAGAAGCUGUGUCUGAGUGUUGGUGAUGACUGGGAGGUCCAUGUCAGCUGACGAGCAGGUGCCCUGGUAGAGUACGGGAAGCCACCCGACCACUCUGCCUUCUUAGCCUCCUGAGAGACGUGCUGCCAUCUAAUUUGCUUCCCUGGGGAAA